CCGUCGGUGCCACGCGAUUAACCUGCUAACGGAAGACAGCUGCCUGCGUACCACAAACACAUCAUAACGUCUCUCAAAAGAGAGGUUUUCCACACCGCACAAUUCGUCGCCGAUUAGGAAGGGCAGUGAUACCACGUGGGAGUCACAUGAACGACGAGGAUGAGGCAUGAACAACAAGGGGGCCGCUUCAGGAAAGAGCCGCUGCACACUGUCCGACACAGGGAGGGGGUUCGCUGCUUGUAGAGGCCCUGCACACUGUCCGACACAGGGAGGGUGUUUGUAGAGGCCCUGCACGAGCAGCCCCCCCCCCUCUUCUCCUGAUCAUAUGCAAUGAACAGCACCACUGAGCCCCCUGCCAUCAUAGAUGGAGAUGUGGCAGUCAGCUAUGUGUUGGUGCCAUUUUUCCUCAUCACCAUUAUUGGAAUAGCUGCAGCUGUGGUCAUGUAUAUCCGUAAGAAAAGGAGAAUCGACAGACUCCGUCAUCAGCUGUUACCGGUUUACACAUAUGAUCCAUCAGAGGAGCUGAAUGAAGCGGAGCAAGAGAUGUUGUGGAAGGAGGAGGACACAAGGAUUGUACAAGGCUGGGCCAGAAGUUAUCAGCAGCGACGCCCUCUUCUGACCAAAGAUGUCAAUGCAUGAUGGCGGUAAACCACGGCACAGAACAUUUUCAGUGUGGAGACAAGCUUCAGCCAUGUUCUUGAAGUCAUGCACAAGACAAUCUUUUUGUCUGAUUUAUCUUCGCCACCGUUUGCCGUUAUCCAUCCUGUUUUAUGUACAGACCGAGUGUUCAUUUCUGUGGUUCCAAUCCUGUAACAGACACGGUGCCAUUAAUUAAUUUAUUUGAAAAUAUUUAUUCAAACCUUUUUUUUUUUUUUUUUACUGCGGUAUUCACUGAUAUGACUCAAAGUUAAGCGAUGUGUAGUCUUUCUAAAGAUGAAGGCUCCUGUGGGUUUACUCUGCUGUUUACAUGCAUACUGUUGGAGUGGGUGGCAUGUGGGAGGCGGUUAUGUUCCUGUGGGUUGCAGUAGACAUUUGCACUGACUUUAAUUUGGGGGCAGUGUUGACGGUGUGGUGAGCGUCUGAAUGUUCUGCACUAGUUUAAAGUCAUCACUCUUGCAGUAAGAAGUUUGGAUAGGUUGUUGUGAAGAGGUUGUUUGCAGUGCAGUAAAAACCAAUAUGGCUUUUUUGGUUAAAUGUUUUCAGUUUUCGGGUUGCAUUUGUUGACAUAAAGCACUAUUAGUAUGACUUUUAAAUUCAAAUAAAGAGAGAUUUAUGAGAUAGUUUAGCUAGGUUGGGUGACCAGUUUCAUUUUGAGUCCAAAAUUGAAACGUGCCCUUUUUGGUUUUAAUUUCCUCCCCCACGCCCCGGAUCUUUCUUUGGUUUAGCCAAAUCCUAUGACUCUUAUCAAUGGCAUGGUUUAAUAACACCAACCCCCUCACAUCCAAAAAAUGAGCUGUGACUCGUGCCCUGAAUAUGUCCUGUCUAAUGGCAUGGCACCAACAUAAAUGUACCUCCAGCUGAGGAUGAAUGCCAAAGGUCUGACUGUACCAAGCACUCAGGAAACCUCGCUCGCUGUUUCUUUUCUGGACGAAUUGUAACCUUCAUUUGCCUUUGCAGUCGGGAAUGUAAUCUUAACACAAUGUGUUCUUUAAGGGGAACAUUUAUUGGUUAGGAUUAUAAAUGUCUUGGACAGAUGAUGCCUGGACUUGAUGUUAUGCGUCACAUCUAGAUGUUUCAGAAUGAGAGCGUUUUUAUAGAUUGUUUCACUUGUGAUUUGGGAUAAAAACAUUUUUAUCGCUGAACAUGUUCCUCCGUGCUCCCCGGUCAUCUUUACAACUCACUGUUCAUUUUAUAUGAAUUAUCUGAAGACUAUAUUUUGUGUUAAAAGACAAAUUAAUUUGUGAAAUAGGUUUGUCACAAUUGAAACUAUAUUAAUAUCCAAUCAUUACAUUGGUUUGCACUGGUAUAACAGAGUUCGGGUUGCACGUGAAAAGUCAAUGAACUACUGAUGUAAAUGUGAAUUUGGCAGCACUGUAAAAGUUUCACCGUCAUUUAAAUAUGAAUAAAUUGAUACGACUCGUC